AUGGAGAGAAGUCAGCGAAUACAAGAAUUAACGACAAUCCGCGCCGAGUACAGCCUGUUCUUUCCCGCGGUGCGAAUUGUAACACAUGAGCCGUUGGAGGUGGAUAUGCUAGAAAUCGAGACGGUGGAAGGUGAAAAGUUCAAAAUCAGCGUCGACGUUGGAGGGUGGUACGCCAUGGGUUUGAAGUCGCGGCAUUAUGAAACUUUCGAGGCCUUGAUGCAGAGCAUCAGUCCCGCGUUCACUCUAGGGUUCGGCAAUGCUCUCACGGACAAAUUGAAUCAGCAUCUUGCCAAUCUAGAUAGAUAG